ACCAUUUUGUGAUGGUCCCUUUUGAGAUAACCUGACAGGAAAUGAUGCUCUGUAACAGGAAGCAAAGCCAGGUCAAGUCUGAGGGGUGUCCUAGACAAGUCUCCACCCCCCAAAAUAGUGAGGAGAGGAAUGGGGGGAGUAACUUGACAAGAGGGGUGGUGAUGAAAUGCUAGCCCCAAAUUACGGAAAUAUCUAUUAUCCGGAAAACUCCAGCCAUCUACUUGUGACAGUGCUUGAAGCUGAGGCAGCAUGAAUUGGGUUGGGGGCUCCAGGAGCAGAAUACUUUUUAAACAGGAAAGAAAAAGGCAAAAGGAAUUUUUUGAAAAACAGAAGCUCAUGUCAAAAAUUAACCGAUCAGGAUCUGUCUGCCAAGAAAACUCAUCCAUCAGUUUAGACCUUCUUAACCUGUACUUUGUAAAUCAGAUAUCCAGGAAAAUGGAAUCAGCCAACAAGAAGAUGUUAAACAUUGAUAUAAAGUCAGCAGCAUUUCCUCUUCCACAAAAUAAUACUGAACUGCCCAUGACACCCACUGCUGUUAAAUCUACAAUAUGCCUUGAAGACCAUGAAGUAACCUGUUCUGAAAAGAAAUUUCUUUGCACUGACCCUGAGGACAGAUUUCAACAGAGUCAGAUCUAUGAAGACCCUGAUCUGCUCUUUAAGAAGUCAUCUUAUGGCUAUCAUACCCCUGUGUACCCCCAAUGGAAUUCCAGGAAUUGCUCUAGGGCAAGUUAUGGUAUGCGAUAUGAUAGAGAACAAAAUGAACAAAAUGAAGAUAUGCCGGGUGAAUCCUACGAAGGCGACAGUGGAGUUUGGCAAAUGGGAGAGCCAGGACUACAAGGACAGUUUCUACAAUGUUCUCCUGAAACAAGUGAAAUGUUUUUUUCAAUCAAAGAAAUAACAAAUAGAUGUAAAUCUGAUACAUACAAUGUGCCACUGCUGAGCGAUAUGCCACAUACUCUUAGUAUUAGAAAGGAAAGUCAGUUGGAUGUCAGUGGAAAACAUCAUGCCUGGUCUCAGACAGACAGCAGUCUACACACAGCUGACAAACACGAUGUUUCUGUGCAGUGUGAUAUUCUACAGGAAUACAAAUGCUCUGAAUGUUCUUUAGGCAAUAAUAGCAGACAGGUCAUUAACUUAACCACCAUGAGAGGGCAGCACACUCCGCUAAAUGAGUUAUUUCGUAUAAGUUAGAAUAGAAGUUCUUUUCAGUAAUAGCAUAUAUGGCAGAUAGAAACAACAAGUAUGACAAAAAAGGCACAUUGUGUUUACAAACAUACAGUCUACAUAUAAUAUGUUAGUAGUGUUGUAUUAAGUUACGGUGUAAUGUCUAUAGCUGCACUUACAGUAAAAAUAAACGAGUUAGAAAUGUAUUCUCACAACAUUUAUGAUGCACCAUUUAUGUUCAUUCAAUACAAGGGAAGAAUCCCAAACCCAAA